AUGUCUCUGAACGAAGUCUGGGAGGCAGCCUCUGCAACUCCAUUUAUCCCUCUCAUUGGCAAGGACAGCCAGUUCUCCGUCGGCUUCAACCUGCUCCUUCUCGCAUUGGUUACUGCCACUCUUUUCGUCUUAAAUCAGUCUUUACUCGGCAUCGUAUCCUUGGGCUUCCCGGCCGCACUGGCAUUUGGCUUUGGGGCUGUGUUUAUGAUCUGUGCCGUCGGAGUCUACGUCUAA